AUGAGCAAGAAACAAGAAGCAAAUGUCGCUGUGGAUGUCGAAAAAGGAUCAAUUGAACCAUUUUCCAUAAAUGGAGAAACAUAUAAAGGUUUCAAUUCGAACAGGUUAGAUAUAGACACCUAUGGACAGACACAACGAAAGAUAACCUCACGUCAUGUUAGUUUGAUGAUUAUUGGACAGUCGAUAGGAAGUGGGUUAUUUGUUGGAGUAAGGUCUCCGUUGAAUACAAGCGGGUCGUUGUCAUUUUUCUUAGCAUUUAGUGUAUGGGCUAUCUUGGUAGUUUAUCCAUUGAUGCAAUGCGUUGGUGUUAUGUGUUGCUAUUUACCUAUUAAGGGCUCAUUUAUUCAUUUCAGUGCCAGAUAUGUUGAUCCAGCAUUAGGUUUUGCAGCAAGUAUUAUCUACAUUUACACAGCAAUGAUGUUUGUGUGUCUUGAGGCUACAGCAGUGGCACAAGUGAUAAGCUAUUGGACGAAUAUAAACCCCGGAGUUUGGAUAACUAUUGCAAUUGUUGCUUAUGUAUGCAUUGGAUUAGUUGGAGCCAACAUUUAUGGAGAAGUUGAGUUUUUUGCAUCUAUAUUGAAGGUGUUUUUGAUUUUAGGAUUGAUGUUAUUUUCACUUGUUUCCAUGUGCGGGGGAAAUCCUCAUCAUGAUGCUUAUGGAUUCCAACACUGGAAAGAAGGUGGAUUGUUUAGAUCAUAUUUGGUUGGUGGCAGUACAGGGAAGUUCUUAGGUUGGUGGAAUGCACUAUUGUGGGCAGCCUUUGCUGCUGGUGGACCAGACGCUUUAGCAUUAAUUGCUGGUGAAGUACAACGACCAAGGAAAACCAUCAGCUUAGCAGCCAAAAGAACUUAUAUUCGAAUUUAUUUGUUCUACAUUGGUGGAAUAUUCUUUUUGAACUGUUUAAUUUCAUCCGUCAAUCCAAGGCUUGUAGAACUGUUAACUACUGGAUCACAAUCAUCAGCUGGAUCACCAUGGGUAAUUGGAAUUGAACAGGUUGGAGUUAAAGGGCUAGCUUCUUUGAUCAAUGCUGUAAUUCUCAGCUCAGCAUUUUCUUGCGGCAACGCCUUUUUUUAUUGUUCCACAAGAUCAAUUUAUAGUGCUGCAUUGGCGGGCUAUCUACCCAAAUUUUUUGCCAAGUGUUUGAAAAAUGGAUCCCCUGUGUAUUGUGUUGGUGCAACUUUUGCUGUAUCAUUAUUGGCAUAUUUGAACGUAAAUGAAGCUUCAACUAAUGUUUUCAAUUGGUUUGUUAAUUUGGCAACAACUGGUUUGUUGUUGGCAUACAUUUGUAUGUGGUGGUCGUAUUUUAGAUUUCGUAAAGCAUGGGAACAACAAAAUGGGACCAAAAUGGACUCACCUCAGUAUCCAUACUAUUUGUUUGCUCGAUGGAUGCAUCCAGUGAUAACCUAUUCUGGUUUUGCAUUAACAAUCUUGGUUUUGUUCUUUAAUGGAUUUUGGAUAUUUUUUCCACAUCAAUUUUCAGUGGCCAACCUAUUCACAAGCUACUUUGCCCCAGUGUUUUUCAUUUGUUUAUUCGUGUUUUGGAAAUUGUUGAAAAGGACUAAAUUUAUAUCUGCGGAGGAUGCGGAUAUAACAACAGACAAACAAGAGAUUGAUGAAGAGGAGGAAGUAGAGGAAUUGGAUCAUCAAGAAAAACAAGCUCAAUAUGGAACGGCUGCAUGGUAUGUAAAAUUGUGGAAAAACUUUUAUAGCUUCUGUUUUACUUAA